GGAGAACGCCGAGCCAAUGGGCAGCGUCGGUGGGCGGGCGCGGGUGACAGGCGGCGCGGCGGAGGCGGAGCGGGCGCUGCGGCAGGAGGGAAGAUGGCGGACGAGGAGAAGCUGCCGCCCGGCUGGGAGAAGCGCAUGAGCCGCAGCUCAGGCCGGGUGUACUACUUCAACCACAUCACGAACGCCAGCCAGUGGGAGCGCCCCAGCGGCAACAGCAGCAGCGGUGGAGGCAAAAUCGGGCAGGGGGAGCCGGCGCGUGUCCGCUGCUCGCACCUGCUCGUCAAACACAGCCAGUCCCGGCGGCCCUCGUCCUGGCGGCAGGAGAAGAUCACCCGGACCAAGGAGGAGGCCCUGGAGCUGAUCAACGACCAGCAGGACCACCUCCCGGACUCGCAGAGCUCAGGGGCAGCAGAGCGGGGCCUGGCUUGGCCUCAAGAAGCCUCAAGAAACAUGCUGUGGGCAGGCUACAUCCAGAAGAUCAAGUCGGGAGAGGAGGACUUUGAGUCUCUGGCCUCGCAGUUCAGCGACUGCAGCUCGGCCAAGGCCAGGGGAGACCUGGGUGCCUUCAGCAGAGGUCAGAUGCAGAAGCCAUUCGAAGACGCCUCGUUUGCGCUGCGGACAGGGGAGAUGAGCGGGCCUGUGUUCACGGAUUCCGGCAUCCACAUCAUCUUGCGCACAGAGUGAGGGCUGUGGGUGGCUGGGGCCGGCGGGCGGGGCGGGCGGGGCUGCGGCCCCUGCUCCCCCUGCCGCUGCCACACAGUAUUUAUUGUACCCUAAAUGGCUGGGAGGAAGCUCUGGGGUCCCCGCUCCCCACCCACCCACCUGCAGUUGGGGCCAUCAAUGCCUGGCUUCAAGGAAUUCUGAAGGGCAGCGGGGCUGGGGAGGCACCUGGGCCCUGGGGAGGGGUGAUGGGUCCCAGAGGCCUAGUCCUCUCAGCCGCCCGGGGCCUGGAGGCGGGCAGGGGCCUGCGCUGUUGUUUCUAGUUACACCUUGUUCCUCUAUUCAGUUGAAAAUGCGAACGAACGUGGGGUGCCUGGUCGGGGGCCCUCUGGGCCACAGCACAGCACCCUUUUCAUCCUCGAUUAAACCCAGAACCACU